AUGGUAAUGAAACCUAAAUCAAAGAAGGGAUCACAUAAGGUUAGUGAGAAUUCUUCUCAGUGGCCCCUAGGGAUCCCUCCUUUAAGUUCGACAAAGAAAUAUAUAACGACAAAGUACCUGUGGUUUAGAGUCGGUAGUAUAUUUACAGGGUUUUGUCUAUUAUUAUAUGUUUUCUCUAAGUUUUUUAACCCAAGAGGUAACACAUCCUCUAAUAAUUAUCCAGCUGUGCAUGGGCUCUAUAUGAAUGAAUUACCUGCAUCGAGCCGUUUGAUUUUUCCUCACGUAGAACAUGCUAUUAUCUUAAAAGAAAUUGGUAUUAGAGGUUUAUAUGUAUUUAGAGCGGAUAUUGAUGGAACGAAACAAUAUGUUUUAAAGACAGACGAUAAACCUUUAACAGAUGAAGAGAAGAAGAAAACAACAGAUCAAGUUUAUUUAGUUAAAAAAUCAUUUUUGGAUCACGGUAAAUUAGUAUACCGUAAGAAAUCAGAUGAACCUGAAAUUAUCAUUGUCACAUUGGUUGAUUUCGAAAGAUAUGAUCUGGAAAAUAUUGUUAAGGUUGUUCAAAAUAGAGUUGAUUAUGCUCAAAUUCAUAGAUAUGGUGUUUACGUUCGUUGGAUUCAAGAAUUUUUACCUGUAAUGACCAAUCAAGAUAUGGACACUAAUUAUGAUUUUUAUAAACCUUUAAUCAUGAGAGCAGCACUACAUGCAUUUCCACGUGCCAAGAAAUUUUUAUUCAUUGAUCAAGAUUCAUUGAUUAUGAAUUUAAAUCUUUCAUUGAAAAAACAUUUAUUAGAUAAAAAUAUUCUAGAUUUAGCAUUAUUAAGAGAUGUUCCAAUAAAACCUGGUUCAAAUGUUAGAACAUAUGAAAAUAUAGAUUUUAAUACAGUUAGUAUGGUGAUUCCACAGGAUGAGAAUGGUAUUCUUGACUUAUCCUCAUUUGUAGUUUCAAAUGAUUACUACAGUAAAGCAUUCCUUGAGUUUUUGAUGGAUCCAAUAGUAAGAGAUUUUGGUUGGCAGGAAUCUUUCCCAUCAGUGGUUGCACAUGUCUUACAAUGGCAUCCACAAUUAUUAUCCAAGACAGCAGUAGUAGUACCGAAGGUCAUGGCUAGUGAAUUUGAUGAUACAAUAUCGGAAGAGGACGUUGAUGCUUUCCACUACACUGAAGGUGACCUGGUCGCAUCCUUUAAGGGCUGUAGAGCCUCCGGAACAUGUGCCAAGUAUAUCAACAACAUGUAUGCUAGAACAAAAAAAACAUAA